GCGAGCGAGAGCGAGCGUCAUUCAGAGCUCGACCAGCGCGCCGUGCAGACUUCGCGGCUCGAAGCUUUCUCUCGCGCUCGUACACGCGCUGGUACGCGAGAAAUACCGCGAGCGCAUCCUCGGGAAGUCUUGUCUCUCUCGUGAGACAGGUUAGUGACAGUUCGAGGCUCCAGUCGGCGCGGGUAGUGCGACGACGACGACGACGACGGUGGUACGAUCAAAGGGAAGCCGGCGUGGCCGCGAGGAAAGCGCGAUGGCCGGCGUCUGAGAUCGAUCCCACAGCGCGACGCGCCUGCGAAUUUACCCCUUCGCAUACACACCUGGCCCCCGGCGGCCGAUCCGCAGCCUGCGACGCAUCUGCGAGCACGGGAAAAAUGUCGAAGUCAGGGAGCAUCAAAGACGGCGAGAAGGGGCCGUACGACCCGGUGCCUACCAACGAGAAGGGCAACGACGAGAUCAAGCUCGAGGCGAAGAUGUCGCUCCUCAACGGCGUCACCGUCAUCGUCGGCUCCAUCAUCGGUUCCGGUAUCUUCGUCAGCCCCACGGGCGUCCUCAAGUACACCGGCAGCGUGAACGCGAGUCUCCUCGUGUGGACAGCGUCCGGCAUUUAUUCCAUGAUAGGAGCCUACUGCUACGCCGAGCUCGGAUGCAUGAUACGCAAGUCGGGCGCGGAUUACGCGUACAUCAUGGAGACCUUCGGGCCCUUCCUGGCGUUCAUGCGACUGUGGGUCGAGUGCAUGAUAGUGCGACCUUGCAGUCAGGCGAUCGUGGCCCUGACUUUCAGCGUCUACGUCCUCAAGCCGUUUUUCCCGGACUGCACGCCGCCCGAUGACUCCGUAAAAAUGCUGGCCGCUUGCUGCAUAUGUGUCCUCGCCUUCAUAAACUGCUGGGACGUCUCGUGGGCGACGAAGGUGCAGGAUAUCUUCACGUACGCCAAGCUGCUCGCGCUCUUCAUCAUCAUCUUCACCGGAGCGUACCAACUCUGCACUGGACACACGCAGUACUUCACAUUCGAGAACACCAACACGGAAGUCACGUCUAUAGCUCUCAGCUUUUAUUCGGGGUUGUUCGCUUACAACGGCUGGAAUUACUUGAACUUCAUCAUUGAGGAACUCAAGGAUCCCGUUAGGAAUCUGCCGAAAGGAAUCGCCAUAUCGUGCACUCUCGUUACGGUAGUCUACGUUUUCACAAACAUGGCCUUUUACACGACGCUGAGCCCCAUCGAAGUGCUCGGCAGCGAAGCUGUGGCGGUGACCUUCGCCAAUAGAUUAUUCGGCGUAAUGGCGUGGACGAUACCGGUUUUCGUGGCUUUGUCUACGUUCGGCGCGGUCAACGGCAUCUUGCUCACGUCUUCCCGGCUCUUCUACGCGGGCGCCUGCGAGGGUCAGAUGCCGGAGAUACUGACUAUGAUCCAAAUCUCACGGCUCACGCCCACGCCCGCUGUAAUAUGCAUGGCCCUCCUGUCCAUGUUGUAUCUGUGCUCUUCCGACAUCUCGGCUCUCAUCAACUACGUCGGCUUCGCCACUUGGCUAAGCAUAGGCGUCUCCGUGCUGUGCCUACCGUGGCUCAGAUGGAGCCAGCCGAAUUUGCAGAGGCCGAUCAAGGUGAACCUUAUCUUCCCAAUCUUCUACAUCCUGGCCACUCUGUUCGUCACCGUGGUGCCGAUGUACGCCAGUCCCGUUGAAACAGGAUACGGCUGUCUGAUGAUACUCUCCUCUGUACCUGUCUACUACGCCUUCAUCGCGUGGAAAAACAAGCCCAAGUUCUUUCAACAGGGAGUCGGCGCCGUCACCCAAACUUUGCAGAAGCUGAUGGUAGUCGUGAGGCCGACGACAAAGUAAGCACGACGAAGCUACUGCAGAAGAUAAUGCUGGUCGUCGGCAAGUCGAAACCCGCUCAGGUGUAAACCCAGUCAGGACGAAGUCCAGCUCGAGAUCGAGGAGAGACGAGGACGAGCCACUUCGGCGUAGCGGAGAAGCUUCGAGAAGCAAACUCGUCGGCCUCCCAGCCGGGAGAGUCGCGACGUUCCUCCGUUCUUCCUCCCGAGGAAGACGGGAACCUCCGACAGUCUCGGAGGCGGAAAUCGAGCUGAUCGAGGUUCCGACCGAGCCGAGUUCUUCCCGACUCCACGAAGGGACGGGAGCGUCCUAGGACAACAAACAGCCAUAUUGUGUCAGGACGCCGAUUGAAGGAGAGAAAAAGAGAAAGAAAGAGAGAGAGAGAGAGAGAUACAGAAGUGGCUCGUCUUCCGAGAUCUCCGGAUCUCGUCCUCGGAUCUCGUUGCGAGAGCACUCACAGCACCGGGACACCUGCCUGCCUGCUCGCCCGAUCAUGAAGUCUCCAGACAAGGCUGCUAUCUUUCGCCCACGGCGAAGGAGGAUGUAGGCGCGAAGGGAUGUCACACGACUGCACGCUUCUACGUUAAUUACAUAACGAUCAUUCGUUUCGCCCGAGAGGGUCUUGUCCAUCACGCGACGGGACUCGUAGCUCGCGGAAGAGAUUCCUUGAGCGAGUAUAAGUUAAGCAUAAUCAAUAUCGAUUAGUCGUUAAUUUGAGUUAGCGCUAUCAAUGUGGGCCGAGGUACCACGUACUUUCCCAUACACCGAGCGUCAAAGCGAGGUGCAACUUUAUUAGCCGAAAUUAUUAGCACGAGUAGCCAAAAUUGGUUAACCGCGCUGGUUGCACCAUACAUAAACAAUACGAGAGACGUUCGUAUCAAUCGACGAAGUGGUCUAGCACCCGAGGCGAUCGAUUCAGGACUCAAAAGUCUCAAGUUCAGGCUUCAAAAGUCUUCGAGACCAUCCGGUGCUUUUAAGCGUGUUUUUCACGCACGAUAUUGCGUCAAGCCAAACAAAUCUGCUCAAUUUUAGACAAAAUUAGCGCAGCACUGACACAUCGAGGGUAGUUCCUGUUAAAAGAAAAAUACAUUUUCCAGCCUCGAAAAAGCACAAAGAAUAAAAUAAUCUGUCGGUAAUUCAAAGACGCAUUUCAGCUACCACAGCUAGAUUUUGGCUGCUACGGCUAAUUCUUUCUCCAAUGUUGAGACACACAUGACGCCCGGUCGAUACUCACGGAUAAUACUCGAACGCGCUUCGACAAUUCGCUCGAGCGAGCGAGAGAAGGGAGUAAAUCGCGAGUCGUGAAACACUUAACCGCCCGAACACUUCCGGGCCGCAUUUAGGUAAUAAACGACAUUAAUCCCGAGCACCUCCGGGGUGAAAGCCGUCGGGACAAGAUUACUCACCGAGCAGGCGUUUCCCGGGAUUUCCUCGGGAGAACGGACGGACCACUGAUAGCGCUACUGAUCACGCUGUAUCUAUCGAGUGUGUCGUAAGGAACGUUACUUUAGAUUAAUUGUAUCGCGCUCGUGCAUUCUCGACGCGGGUUGUCGAGACCAAUCACGACCGCCGCUAUCUGCGCCGCCGUCGCGACGCAACUUGGAUUUCGAUCGCAAGGAAUUAGCGUCUUAUUUAUUUAUCGUCCUCGCGGCGACUAGGGACGAACGCGAGUCACGCACUCAAUUCGUAUAUUCCGUCGCGUUUCUAUUAAAAGUGAUGAGAAGGACAGGAAAAAGCAAGAAAGAUACCGCGCGAUUCGUUCGCGCGCCGGCCGGGAAGCGGAGAAGCCGAGGCAACAAUCGGUGUCGAAUCACGUUAUGACUUCGAAUACGCUUCGUUCGUUUAGCGCCUUCGUUAGUUUAGCCGUUCGUCAGACUAGAUGCUAGCGUCUGCGUUUUGCGAUUCUCCUAGUAACGCUCUUCUCGACGUUACCUCGACUUCCGACCGGUCACUUCCCGGCCCGACGUCGUCCCGCGUUUCUCCUUCGAUCCGAGCUCGACGCGAACCUCCACGUACCAUCGAACCAUUUCGUUUCCGCAGCAUCGCUUCUCCUCGUUCCACGCGUUGUUUCGUUCGGCUAGUACACGCUAGGGAUGCAAAUAUUCAGAAACGAUAUUCCCUCCCCC